GGUUUUGUUGAAACAUUAGAGUAGAAAAUGGGGGAUAGUAACGUGAAUAUGCAAGAAACCUGUAGUUUUGCAAUCAAAUAAACAUUCCUAAAAGCUAAUGGCUUGUUUGGCUCAACGCCUUCGCAAAUUCAUCUUCCUUUCUCAAGCCCACUCUUCUUCACCAUCAUCAUCAUCAGUCACUACCUUGAGAUGGCGACAGGGAACUCCAGUGACCAGCAACAGUACCAACCUCACCCAGUGUGGACAGCCUUGUUGACAAAGCUACUCGCAAACCUAAUACUCGAUCAGGUCCGUAAAGGAAACACAGCGAACAACUCCUUAUCUAAUAAAGCUUGGAACUUUAUAACCAAUGAGUUCUACACAAGAAGUGGUAUCAAACGCGACAAAGAACAUCUCAAGAACAGGUUCGCUGCUCUCAGACGCGAGUUCUCUGUCGUUAAGCUGAUCCUAUCUCGAGAUAACUUCGUUUUCGAUGAAUCAACUGGUUGUAUCAUCGCCGCUGAUGAAUCUUGGGACCAAUACGUAAAGGUCCUGACUUUUUUAACAAUGUUGCUGCAUAGUCUUGUCUUUCAAUCUCUAUAUAUGUUUUUGCUGAUCUUACAGGAGUGUCCCGACGCUGAGGCUGUAAGAAGAGGUGGCUGUCCAGUUUACAAGCAGCUCUUUGAGAUAUUCGGAGUUGUUCAUCUUGAGGAGGAACCUGUGUUACCUCAACGCUCGUAUGAGUACGCUGCUGUUAAGAGUAGGCCUAGUAGGGGAGUGGAGGCUACUAUUGCCAAUGCUAUAUUUCACUGCUGCAUCGAGGCUAAGGACUAAUGCUGUGACGCAGAUGAGGAGCAGGUUCACUCUUGCUGAGUGUAUCAGAGAGCUAGAUGGGAUUCACGGCGUAGCAGAGAAUGUCUAUUUUGCUGCACUUGAGAACUUCAACAACCCAAGUGCAAGAGAGACAUUCUUGUCGUUGAGAAGUGACAUGCGUUUGGCUUGGCUUCAGUGGAAAUGUACUUAAACAUCUCUAACAAUCAAUGUACAUGUAUCGUAGCAUGAAAUUUUCAGGCAAUGAUUCAAUGAAAAAGUUCAUUUUC